UAUAAACCACCACCGGAAAACCACAAAAACCAAAAACACAAUCUCUCUCUCUCUCUGCGAUUCUCUCCCUCCCCUUCUCUCUGAUCGGACCACCGAGUCGCGAUCACUUUUGACCCCCGGUGCCCCGCCGAGUCACUCCUCCAUGACUCGGCGCUGCUCCCACUGCAGCAACAACGGCCACAACUCCCGCACGUGCCCCUCGCGCGGCGGCGGCGGCGGCGCCUCCUCCUCCUCCUGCUCGUCCUCCGGAGGCGGCGUGAGGCUCUUUGGCGUCAAGCUCACCGAUGGCUCCAUCAUUAAGAAGAGCGCUAGCAUGGGGAACCUGUCCUCCAUGGCCUCCCACUACCAGUCCUCGUCUCCCAACCCGGACUCUCCGCCGCUCCACGACCCGCUUCACGUCCGCGACGGGUACUUAUCCGACGACCCGGCCCACGCUUCCUCCUCCACCAAUCGCCGUGUUGAUCGUAAAAAAGGAGUCCCAUGGACAGAAGAGGAGCAUCGGAUGUUCUUAAUUGGGCUUCAGAAAUUGGGGAAAGGAGACUGGCGUGGAAUAGCGCGAAAUUAUGUUGUGACUAGGACCCCUACUCAGGUGGCAAGCCAUGCCCAAAAGUAUUUUAUCCGGCAGAGUAAUUCUAACAGAAGAAAGAGACGCUCCAGUCUCUUUGACAUGGCCCCUGACAUGGCCAUGGAUCCCUCUCAUAUGCCAGAUGAACAAGUUUUGCUGCCUUCUUGUCAGGAGGAAAGAGAAUCUGAAGAUUCUAAUGCUAUUCCAUCAUUAAAUCUUUCUCUCGGUUCAGAAUGCAGCAGACCUAUGGAAAGCACACAAGAAGAAAAAGCAAUUAUUGAACCUGAUAAUCAGCCUGUUAUGAGAUUCAAUGGGUAUCCGAAUGGUUACCCUCCAGUUAGUCCCGGCUUCAUCCCAGCAUAUCUGCCUUUUCCAUAUCCUGUAUGGCAAACUGCAGGUCCUCUGAUUAUAGAAAAUGGAGGCGACGCUUCUCAUCAUCCGCAGGUCUUAAAGCCGGUUCCUAUCCUUCCCAAGGAACCUGUCAAUGUUGAUACUCUAGUGGGUAUGUCUCAGCUCUUUCUAGGAGAGGCCGAGAGUCUCCAAAGCAAUCCUUCCCCCCUCUAUCUAACAUCAUUAGGAGAGACAUCCAGGCAAUCUGCAUUUCAUCCAAAUCCAGCCAGUGAACCAGACUUGAGCAAGGGCAAGACCAGUGUCAUCAAGGCAGUCUGAAUCUGAACUAGGGGAAGUGAUGCAGCAUCUGUCCCAUCUGUACAAUUAUAUGGGGUUCUCUAAGGCAUGUUGUUCUAUUAUUAUUUUUCGAAUAGUCCCAAAUAAUUAUAAUAACAUAGGCUAGGUACUUUUCCUUGGGUAAAUUAUUCUUUCUAACUGUAAACAACUAGAAGUUAUUUUUUCUUGUUGAAUCAAAUUUGGUAGUAAACUGCAUGUUGGCUUUUGUAGAUACCAUUUUGAGACUGAUGUUAUCAUUUUGAUAAUUCAGGUGG